GCAGAGAGCUCUUUGUGUUGUCAGGCAGAAACACUCAGUGGUCAGGGUGGCGUGUGUUCACAUCACAUUUAGACAAUAGCUGGAACAUUUCCUUGUAUUCUUUGAAGUAGCUGGCGAGCAUCUGUCGUUUUAACUCCGUUUUGUUACCAUGUCUCUGGGAGUGGAGUCCGGAUUCUCGAGCGAGGAGGUGUUGAACAGCCGCUUCCCUCUUCACCGGGCUUGCAGGGAUGGAGACGUCGGUGCCUUGUGCUCUCUCCUUGGGUGCACCUCGGACCCAGCUGACCUUACGGUUGAGGACACCUUCUACGGCUGGACGCCCAUACACUGGGCCGCUCAUUUCGGAAAGCUGGAGUGUGUGAUGCGUCUGGUUCAAGUGGGCUGCGGCGUGAACUCCGUCACUUCCAGGUUUGCACAGACGCCCACUCACAUCGCUGCCUUCGGGGGCCACCCUGAAUGUUUGUUAUGGCUACUUCAAGCUGGUGCAGAUAUUAACAGACAGGACUAUGUGGGCGAGACGCCCAUCCACAAGGCUGCUCGAGCGGGCAGUCUGGAGUGCAUCAACGCUCUCUUGAUUCAGGGAGCCAAAGCUGACAUGAGGAAUGCCAGUGGGCUGACUGCUGCCGACCUGGCCCACGCCCAGGGGUUCCAGGAGUGUGCUCAAAUGCUCGCCAAUGCCCAAAACCUACAGCAAAACAUGACUCAGUCCCUUAACGGGGCUAUUUUGAACGGCAUGACCCAGAAUGGGGGCCAUGCUCACGCAACCAUCCAGGGACGCAGCUUCUUGAAUGGUGUGCACAACAGAAAGAGGUCCUUUGAGGGCAAUGAGGCAAACCCUUUGAAAAAGGCCAGACCUAAUGAACUGUCCAUGCCACCUGAACCGUUAAAUGGAAACGGGACACUAGAUGGCCCCGGAGAAGCCCAGAUGGAGAGCAUGAACAUGGAGAUGGCAGCAGCCGUAACCUCAGAGGCAGGGGAGAGACACUGCGGGGAUUUUUUCUCAAGUAGCCCAACGGCAGGAAUGCUCCUUGGUCAGCACAUCAGCAGUGAGAUCAGUUGCAGUGUUGGCAGCCAGGUGGAGCACCAGAAGUCUGUCAAAGCAGAGCAGUUGUAUGACCAUACCCUCUACAGCACCAUGCUUCUUUACCACGGAUGCUAAAGUGACAAGGAUGUAGAUGAAUGUUAUUUAGGCCUAAUUAAGCAUUCAUCCGCCUUAAAGCCACUGACUGGUCAUGUUUUUGUUUAGUGUUUUUGGUUAUAAACAACAGGGUCGUGUUGCUGUGGAUAAAUCAGAAUUUUUUUUUCGUUUUUAUAAAAGCAACUAAAAUGUUUCCUGUUUAAGAAGAGCAAAGGAUCUGAGAUGAAGCACUGCCAACACUACAGAUACAUUUGUUUCAAGUUGAUGUUAAACCAGUUUAAAUACAUCCAAUGUGUAUCAAUAAAGAGUUUUGCAAACA